CAAAGAGAGAAAGAGGGAGAGGGGGAGAGAUGUUCGCUUAAAUACAAAAACAAGAAACGAACGCCCACGCCCCGUGGCACACACACACACACACACAGAGUGGACCCAGCAGAGGAUCAUCAAUAAAUCCACCAUUCGGAGUUCAUUUUGUGCGUGAGCAGAUUGGAGGAACGGGAGAUCGAAAUCGAAAACAAUCUCAGCCACCGUGUCGUCUCAUUAUUACUAUGGACGAUCGAUUUGAUUAUUCAAAUUAUCGCUUGUCAUCUCCAUUGAGUGACGUCGAGCCUUAUUAUGACGUCAUCGUAAUCGGGUCCGGUUAUGGGGGGUCAAUCGCGGCCAGCCGCUGCUCCCGUGCUAAAAAGAAGGUGUGUCUGUUCGAAAAGGGAAGAGAAUGGUGGCCUGGCGACUUUGAUGAAGGUGUGGGAGCAGCGAAAGAUAUGCAGAUGACUUAUAACAAUUCGGAUGGAGAGUGUGUUCAAAUAGGAAAACCGACGAAUUUAUAUGACAUCGUCGUCGGCCCGGAAGUUGCCGUGGUUCAAGGGGUUGGGCUUGGCGGAACAUCGCUCAUCAACGCCAACGUUUGCUUGGAUGCCGAUCCAAGAGUUUUUGAGGACAAAGCUUGGCCGGAGGCCUUACGGGACGACAUUGAAGCCCUAAACUCAAUGGAUCGCAAGCGUUUCAUGGCGAUGAUGAAACCACAAGAAUAUCCCCAGUCAUACCCGUCGAUUCCCAAGCUCGAUGCGAUGAAGGAGAUCGCACACGACUUCGUGACUGACAUCGAAGACUUGAGAGUGGACGAUGUCUUCUAUAGGACGCCACUCUAUGUCAACUUCAAGACAACGAAGAAUAACGUCGCUGGUAUUCCGCAACCAGCCUGCAACAACUGCGGUAACUGUGUCGGUGGUUGCAACACAGGGGCCAAAAACACCCUCAACAUGAACUUCAUCCCUGACGCUUAUGCUCACGGUGCAAAGAUAUUCACUGAGAUCCAAGUGAAUGCCGUGGAGCGACACGAGGAGGAAGGAUACUGGGUAGUGUUUUACAAGAGUCUUCAUCAGACGAAAUUCGAAGAGAAGGAGCGUAUCGUCAAAGCUCAUACAGUCAUCCUGGGAGCAGGAGCGCUUGGAUCAACAAGGAUCCUCCUGAAUUCUGCCUCACGGGGUCUACCCCUCUCGGGGCAGAUCGGGAAGCGCUUCACAACCAAUGGUGAUCACCUGACAAUUUCGUACAACGGAAAACGAGAGAUUCGACCGGUUGGUAUCAAGUUAGAAGAUAUCAAGUCGCCAAGUCAAGGUCCAGGACCUUGCAUCACCAGCAUUCUCGACGUCCGGCGAAGGCCAGAGGCAUCGCUUGACGAUGGGUAUCUUCUGGAAGAUGGCACACCGCCCUCUGCGACAGAGAACAUCUAUAAACUCUUGCUCAAGUUUACCAAAGGGAUAGACACAACCCCAAACGAAAAAGAAGUUGCAGAGUUUAUCCGUGCCAUUACUGGGAAGGCAUUCGAGAACACGCUUACAUUUCUGUCCAUGAGUCACGACUCGGCCAGUGGCCGUAUCGUUCAGGACCAGGAUUCGGGAAACGUCUGGGCUGACUUCCCUGGUGUGGGCGAUGAAGGUAACUUUCAGCUCAUCUACGAGGCAGCAAGAAAAGCCACGGCAACGCUAGAAGGCGAGCUGAUGACAAACCCUCUGUGGGAAGGCGCAAUUCCUCAGCUACGGAAUAAGAAGGGCAUCGUCACUGUUCAUCCAUUGGGAGGUUGCAGUAUGGGCGAGUCCGGGAAAAAUGGUGUUGUCGAUCACGCCGGAGCGGUCUUCAAAGGAGAGGGUUUAGACGUAUAUCCAAAUCUUUUGGUAGUUGAUGGUGCAGUCAUGCCAAGAAGUGUUGGUGUCAACCCUACUCUGACCAUUGGGACUAUUGCGGAGAGGUGCGUCCGGCUUUUGGCUGACAGGAAUGGAUGGACAAUCAACUACAGCAGCUCCAAGAAAAUAGACCCGUCUGUUAAACAGGAGAAUAUUCCGGGACUGCGAUUCACGGAACGAAUGGCUGGUCAUUUGACUGUUGAUGGCGAAGAUCAUCCUUGUGAAUUCUUGCUUACAAUCGUAAGCAAUGACGUGAGACACAUGCUAGAUGUUGACUUAGAACACCGGGCUUCGCUUCAUGGCACAUUGCUCUGCAAGGGAUUGUCUGACUAUCCGCUCACCGUCUCUAACGGUAGGUUCCGUCUUUUCAGAGAGAGCAACGAGAGUCCUGACGUCAGAGAAAUGGUCUACGAGAUGGACCUUCACGACCAUGACAAGAGCUACCACUUCAGAGGCAUCAAGAUUAUCGAUAAGAAUUGCUUCUUGGAGAUUGGCGUUGGGGAUACCACGACACUCUCCGUCAUCGUUCGCAAACCUGACGCCCAGGGUGAGGAUUUCGGCAAGGGCACGCUGAAAAUAAAGCUCACCGAUUUCAUGCAACAGCUUACGACGUUGAAGGUGCUAGAUGCAGAGAAUCUUCUACAAGAGACACAGUGGAAAAUCAGGUUUGCUCGAUUCUUCAGCGGGAUAUUGUUGGAUAUAUAUGGUACCUUUAACCCAUCCGACUUAGGUGUCACAUUUCGUAACGAAAAUAAACCGAGGGAACAACGCCAACUCAAUCUCGGUGGGAAAACCCCGGAAGUACAUCGGAUCCAAGCAACCGAUGGUGUUCAGCUUCCCCUCGUACGAUACCAGGGAGGAUCUAAAGGUCCCAUCUUACUUCUACACGGGCUAGGGGUGUCAAGUCGGAUUUUUACACUAGAUACUGUAGAUACCAACAUGGUCGAAUUCCUUUUCAGCAAGGAGUUUGAUGUAUGGGUUGUUGACAUGCGUUAUUCCAUCAUGCUUCCCAUACACAAUCAACCAGGCUACAUUGGGGAUGCAGCGGAAAAGGACCUUCCACCAACUGUAGACUACAUCCUAGAGAAGACUGGGAAACCUAAUCUCCAGCUACUAGGUCAUUGUGCUGGAGGUGUCACAGCACAUGCUGCUCUUCUUGGUGGUCUCCUUCAAGGCAAGAUCCGAUGCUUCAUAUCAUCACAAGCUGGUUUCAGCCUGACCGUUGGUGCUUUGAAUAGGGCAAAGUCUAGUGCACAUCUUCCAACUCUCCUCUACGGCAUCGGGAUAAAGGGCAUAAGCGCCUACCCUGAUAAUCCCAAUUCGUGGAACCAGUGCAUCGUCAACCAUUUCGUCGACAUGGUGGCGACUCUUACCACCGACGUUAGGGAACACUGUGAUAGCGAAGUCUGCCAUCGCGUAACCUUCACUUACAGUCUCCUGUGGUCCCAUCGCAAUGUGAACGAGCUCACGCACGACACCUUACAAGAAUGGAACGGUUUCGUGCACGCUACCAGACUGAAGCACUUCGCUCUAAGUAUGCGGAAAGGGCGACUCGUCGAUGAGGGCGGGCACGACAAGUACGUACCCGACUUCAACUCAAGGCACCGUCUGGAGUCUAAGAAGUAUCGGGAGGCUUUGAAGCACCUGGACAUCCCGAUUCUUUACUUCAGCGGUGCCAACAAUGUCUGUUGGGAUCCAGAGACCACUCGUGACAGUUUCGAACGGUGUAAGGAAGUCAACCCAGAUCAACAUUACGAGCGAUUUGAAGUAGAAAACUACAUGCAUUUGGAUUGCAUCAUGGGGUCUACGGCGUCUCGCGAUGUUUUCCCGAGGUUAAUGGACUUCCUUGAGAAAUAUGCUCGUCUUGAGUAGACAAGGUAUAGCGACAUGGAUGGGGAAAAUAUUAAGAAAGAUUCGCAACGCACAUCCCAAAGUUACUGAGAUCGUGUUGCAAGCAUAUUGUAGAAACAUAAUAUAUAUAUAUAUAUAUAUUUUUUUUUUUGGGGGGGGGAAUGGCAGAAAUACCUACAUAAUUAAGUUAUAUAGAACCAACUUGAGUUACUUUCCUAAUAUUUACUUAUAUUAGGGAUUUAUGAGGUGUCAAGUGUUUUUUUUUUACUCAAAAGGUGCAUCCGGGUACCCCUAACCUUUCUCUCAGCCCCUAACUUGAUACUAAAACGCUUUCUGCAAAUAUAACGUUGAUUGUAAUAUCCAUAUAAUAUUGUUUCCUUCCACAUUUUGUCGGUGUUAUAUAUAAUGGUUUUCUAUAAGGCUUAUUCAUUUAGGUUCUUUUCACAUAAAAUGAAAAUAUACUUUCACAUUACUCCGUCUUUGUAUGUGGUUAAGGAUAGGUUUAAUUGUAAGACAAUCAACAGCAAGGGGAAAAGAUAUCGGAGAUCAAAUAAAAUGGCUGUAAACACUUGUUAUUAUUGAAUGGUUUUAUUUCAAAUAUUCACUGAAAAUAGCAGACAAAGGCUGAAUUACAUUCAGUUUACAAAUGGUAUAUACAGACAUAUAAAAGUAUACUUGAAAUAAAAUAAUAAUAAUAAUGAUAAUAAUAAUAAUAAUAGCCAGCUUUUAUACAGCGCUUUCGCCCAGAACGGCUCAAAGCGUUUUACGGCACAAAAUAGGCAAAUAUCAAAAUGAAAUUGUUCUACAUAAUAAUUAUACUUAUGAAAUUAAUUGAAAUACCCAGCAUAUGAUAAGAAAGCCUCAGAGGUGGAAUAAAGUACAUGUAGUGAGAACAUGUUAGAACGAAAGACAGAAUGAAUUAGAGGAAGAGAUGGAGACAGAAACAGAGUUAAAGAGGUUGGGUAUUUAACAGAGAUGUAAAAAAAUUAUCGGACAUAAUCAUCAUGGUCAUUAUACUGCAACAAAUGGAAAAGUAAGGAAGAAACAAAUUAUAUAGGAAUUCAUGUUUCUAAGUUAAUGCAACUAAAGGAAUUCGGAGCAGUUCAACAAUUGCGGAUAAUGAAAUUUUGAAUAAAAUUAUAAUUUGAUAAAUAUUGAGUGUUUUUUUGUUGUUGUAUAUAUAAAUAGCUGAAGAACUAUUCAAAAAGAGUUACCGAUAGUUGCUGAUCAUACAAUUUUAUAAUAAUAAUAUAAUAAUAAUUAAAGAUUGUAUAGCGCACAUAUCUGUCGAUGACACAUAAGGCGCACAAUCAACUACUUAUACAAUACAGAAAUAAAAUUAAUAAAUACACAAAAAUUGAACAAACUGACAAAAAAUACACAAUCCGUUAAAGUUGGUAGUCAAAAUAACAAGUAGGCAUUAUCACACAACAGUUAAGGAAAUGCUUCCCUCAUGAGAUAAGUCUUCAAUUUGUUGUGGAAUAGCUCUCUCGACUGGCACGACUUAAUGUCCGAUGGGAGUGAAUUCCACAAACGGGGACCAGCAACGGAAAAAGAUCUGUCACCCCAGGACCUUUUCACUCUAACUUGUUGGAACUGGUGAACAUUCCCUGAACGAAGACCAGGUCUACAUGAUCUCUUCACCUCCAGAAGAUCUGAUAGGUACACUGGUGUCUGGUAGAUUUUAAGUUUAAAGACCAAGGAAAGAGCUUUAUAUGUAAGUCUUUGCCUAACAGGCAGCCAGUGUAAUUCCUUGAGAACUGGAGUGAUAUGAUCCGACAAGUUUGAACGCUUUGCAAGUCGUGCGGCAGAAUUCUGGACCUUCUGUAGUCGUUUUAUGUGAGUAUCAGGCAGUUCAACCAAAGUAAUGUUGUACAUAUCCAAAAGUGAUGUGACAAGAGCAUGAACUGCCUGCUUCGUUGCAUGGGGAUUCAGGUAAUCCCGGAUCCGACGAAUCUGCCUAAUGUGAUAAAAUGAUGAUCUGAUGCAGCUAGAGAUUUGUGGUUCCAUGGACAUAGUACUAUCAAGUGUCAAACCUAGCGAGCGAACUUUAGAAACCGGCUCAACAUGUACAUGACCAAUUUUUAGGUUAGGAAUGAUGACCUUUUUGAUCUGUUGGGAAGAGCCAAAGAAAAUGAAUUCAGACUUCGCCUGGUUGAGUUUCAAGUAGUUCUGCCCCAUCCAUUUUGAGAUCUCUGCUACACAUGACUCAAAUCUAGCAAGUACGUUGUCCACAUCAGUUUGAUAAGGUAAGCAUGGUAAAUACAGCUGAAAGUCGUCAGCGUAUAUGUGAUACUUCAAAUCAUGCCGGUUGGUAAUGUCAUAGAUUGGUAGAAAGUACAUGGAAAACAUUUGUGGUCCGAGCACUGAGCCUUGAGGUACGGAGCAAUCAAGAGAAACUGGGUCAGAGAUGUCAUCCUCACCAAUGCGAACUGACUGAGUACGACCAUCAAGGUAUGACUGACACCAGCUCAGGGCUGACCCACUGAUACCAAUUUCCUGUAGUCUGUGAAGUAGAAUACAAUGAUCGACCGUAUCAAACGCUGAACUCAAAUCCAGUUGAACGAGGCCAGUCAACAUGCCUCUAUCCAUGGCUCGGAGGAUGUCAUUAGUCACUCGCAAGACAGCCGUCUCUACUGAAUAGUUUUUCCUGUAGGCCGACUGGAAAGGAUCCUGCAGAGACUGGUCAGCUACACAUCUGAGGAUACGAGCAGCAGCCGCUCUUUCAAUUACUUUGCCAAUGAAUUUCAAGUUAGCCACUGGCCUGUAGUUUUCCAGUCUCUCCUUAUCCAAGUUUGACUUCUUAUAAAGUAGAGGUCUAAUCGUAGCAUGUUUCAAGUUCUUUGGAAAGACAGCUUUGGUAAAAGACCCAUUAACCAACUUUGUAAUAAAUGGCACAAAUGCAGAGAGAUGAUCCUUGAUUAGCCAUGUUGGAAUGGGGUCUAUGAUGACAAUGAAGUUUUUGUUGGUGUUGUUGCAGGCAUUUGAUAAUUAAAAUUAUCUAUUUAUUGUCGUCGAAAUGGAACUGUCUACAAUAUGUGAGUAAAACAAAUUUCCACACUGUGGAAAUGAAAUUGAGUUGAGUUGAAUUGAAUUGAAUAUUACCUUCUAAAUAUAGAAAACAUUUUUUAGAAUUUAAUUGUGAUAAGAGAUCCAACCACUCAUAAAAAAAUUGGUUCAUGUCCUGAAAUAUUUAUUCGCCUUAACAUCUAGGCAACGUAUCACAAAGCUUAGCGUUUGAUCAUAUGAUUGAUUUUUACAGUUGAUUGCAAUGAUCAUUAGGUGCCGUACAAUCAAUCGCGUAGUUUUGUGCGACCAACCAAUGAUCAAAACUUGAAUAACCAGGCUCUCAGAAAAAAGAAACACACGAACUAUUGUAGGUCAAGUCCACCCCAGAAAAAUGUUGAUUUGAAUAUAUAGAGAAAAAUCAAACAAGAAUAAGCGCUGAAAAUUUCAUUAAAAUCGGAUGUGAAAAAAAAAAAGUUAAUUUUUUUUUUAAGUUUCGCUUAUUAAAAAAACCCCCAAAACACAGUGAUUUCCACAGUUCAGUGACAUGCAAAUGAGACAGUCGAUGAUGUCAUUCACUCACUAUUUCUUUUGUUUUUUUAUUGUUUGAAUUAUACAAUAUUUCACUUUUUUACAUAUUUGACAGUAAGCACAAACUUGACCGAACCAUUUAGUAUUAAACAAUGCUUAUUCCACAUGCAUGACAUGUUCAGGGAGGAAUUAAUCGCUGUUACACUUGACAAUAAGGAGAAAAUUAGAAAAAUGCAUAUUUCAUAUAAUUAAAUACAAAACAAAUAGUAAGUGGAUGAUGUAAUCAAUCUCCUCAUUUGCAUACCGUCCAGUUUUGCAAAAUUAAGCAAAACUUGAAAAUGUCAUAACUUUCUUAUUUUCCAUCCGAUUUUGACGAAAUUUUCAGUUUCAUGCGUGUUUGAUUUUUCUCAUUUUAUUCAAAUUAACUUUUUGAUGGGGAUGGACUCGUCCCUUAUUUGAUAGGGAGAGAAUAUUGCUGGAAAAACAAAUCAAAAUUUUACAGCACAUAUCCAUUACCCGUCUUCGAGGUAAACUUAUUUUCUUAUGAAACGAAAAAGAAAAUGGAAAUCCAUAUUUUGAUUGUUCGAAAUAGAAAUCUGAAAAAAAUACUCCGGAAAUUCCUUUUGCCCAAUUGAUCGUGGGUCCGGCAGCCACUGUGCAGCGCCAGAUCGACAUUGCAGCAGAUCCCAUCUUUUAGACCGGUGUGUUGGUUCAGUUGGUAGAGCGUCCGUCUCACAACCGGGAGGUCGGGGGUUCAAACCCGGCCGCGUCAGACCAAAAAUGUUAAAAGAUGGGAGUUGCUGCUACCCUGUUUUGGUCUGAUGCGGCCGGGACUUGAACUUCCGACCUCCCAGUUGUGAGACGGACGCAUAUACCAACUGAGACACCACACCAUUAAUGUUACCUUGGUUACCAUGGUUACUCUAUUUUUUAAAAUUAAUUUAUAUGCCUUGCUAGAUGACCCUUGUGUAUCACAAUGCUUUAUAUUUUAGUUCUUAUUAUGUACGGGGAAAAUGUCUGAAAUAAAAUGAACUGAUGAUUACAUUUCGUAAAAGCUUCAUGAUCCAUUAUUUGCUGUGAAUAUAUUACUUUAACCCUAUACGC